AUGAUUCUUUUAAAAGGAAUGAAGAUCAUUAGCAUCAGCGGGGGCAAGUUUUUGAAAGUGAUGGCGGCAUAUUCUACAAAAAUUUGUCUCAAUGAGGUUGUAAUAGCAUCGGCCGUAAGGACCCCAAUUGGUUCUUUUAGGGGCAGUUUAGCCAGUCUUUCUGCCAGUGAACUCGGCGCCGUAGCUGUUAAAGCAGCGGUAGAGAGAGCUGGCAUUCCUAAGGAAGAAGUAAAGGAGGUCUAUAUUGGAAAUGUGUGUUCUGCAAAUCUUGGACAAGCUCCUGCAAGGCAAGCUGUUAUUUUUGCUGGACUUCCUAAAAGCACCGUUUGUACCACAGUUAAUAAAGUUUGUGCUUCUGGAAUGAAAUCAAUAAUGCUGGCAGCUCAGGGCUUACAAACUGGUGCUCAAGAUGUUAUUUUGGCUGGAGGAAUGGAAUCUAUGUCAAAUGUGCCCUUUUACUUGAAAAGAGGCGAAACCACUUAUGGUGGCAUGCAAUUAGUUGAUGGAAUAGUGUUUGAUGGACUCACCGAUGUGUAUAAUAAAUUCCAUAUGGGCAAUUGUGCAGAGAAUACUGCUAAGAAAUUAGAAAUCUCAAGACAGCAACAAGACGAUUAUGCCAUUUCUAGUUAUAAGAGAAGUGCAGCUGCAUAUGAAAAUAAGGCUUUUGCAGAUGAAUUAGUUCCUGUUUCUGUACCUCAAAAAAGAGGUGCUCCUCCAAUAGAAUUUACAGAAGACGAAGAAUACAAAAGAGUAAAUUUUGAAAAGUUUACAAAACUGGCAACAGUAUUCCAAAAAGAAAAUGGAACAGUAACAGCUGGAAAUGCUUCUACGUUAAAUGAUGGUGCUGCAGCAUUAGUAUUAAUGACUGCUGAAGCAGCAAAGAGGUUAAAUGUUACUCCAAUUGCCCGAGUAGUAGGUUUUGCAGAUGGAGAGUGUGACCCAAUUGAUUUCCCAAUAGCACCUGCUGUUGCGAUUCCCAAACUUUUAGAAAAGACGGGUGUGAAGAAAGAUGAUGUUGCUCUUUGGGAAAUAAAUGAAGCAUUUAGUGUGGUUGCAGUAGCUAAUCAGAAACUAUUAGAUUUAGAUCCUUCUAAGCUUAAUGUCCAUGGAGGUGCUGUAAGCUUAGGCCAUCCAAUUGGUAUGUCAGGAGCACGCAUUGUCGUUCACUUAUGUCAUGCAUUAAAAAAAGGGGAAAAAGGUGUUGCAUCUAUUUGCAAUGGAGGUGGUGGUGCGUCUUCUAUUAUGAUUGAAAAAUUACCUGAAGUUAUGCAAAGACCUCCUGUUUUAACUUUCUACACAAGAGAUCCCUGCGCUCUAUGUGAUAUAGUAAUGGACGAACUCGAGCCAUUUAAAGACAGGCUGACUAUUCACAAAGUCUAUAUUACAGAAAAGGAUAACGUGAGAUGGCUAAAACUGUACUGCCAUGAUAUACCUGUAUUAUUCCUUAAUGGAAAGUUUCUAUGCAUGCACAAAUUGGACAAACACUUGUUAGAGAGGAGGUUAAAAAUAAUUGAAAAUGAAUCAUAA